CUUGGCUCGUGCUGCCUUUUAAAGCAAACUGACUCAGCAUGCCAUUUCCCACUCGGCCAGAGGACGGGACACGGUGAGAAGCUGCUGCCCUCUCUCCUGUCGUCACCCCCCAUCGUUUUUGUUGUUUAGUCGCCUUUUUGUUGUAUUUUUUAUUUCGUUGCACGGUUAGCUAGUGUUUAGUCAUGUAUCGGUAUUUUGGGGAGCUGCUUAGCCGCUCUGCGGGUAGCGCCUUGGCGUCGGGGUGCGUUGACUCCGCUCUCCCGGUGUCCUCGUCCCUGAUGCGGGUCCGUCACUAUGCGGACGCCGCGAACAAGCCCGACGACCCCAACUUCUUCAAGAUGGUCGAGGGCUUCUUCGACCGCGGCGCCACCAUCGUGGAGGACAAGCUGGUGGAGGAUCUGAAGAUCCGGGAGAGUCCGGAGCAGAAGCGGAACCGUGUGCGGGGAAUCCUGCGCAUCAUCAAGCCCUGCAAUCACGUCCUGAGCGUGUCUUUCCCGAUCAAGAGGGAUAACGGGGAGUGGGAGGUGGUGGAGGGCUACCGUGCCCAGCACAGCCAGCACAGGACGCCAUGCAAAGGCGGUAUCCGUUACAGCACAGAUGUGUCAGUGGAUGAGGUCAAAGCUCUGGCCUCUCUGAUGACCUACAAGUGUGCUGUUGUCGAUGUGCCAUUUGGAGGAGCCAAAGCUGGAGUCAAGAUAAAUCCCAGGAAUUAUUCUGACAAUGAGCUGGAGAAGAUAACCAGGAGAUUCACUAUUGAGCUGGCUAAGAAGGGAUUCAUUGGACCUGGCAUCGAUGUCCCAGCCCCAGACAUGAGCACAGGAGAGAGGGAAAUGUCCUGGAUUGCCGACACGUAUGCGAACACCAUUGCACACACUGACAUCAACGCUCAUGCGUGUGUGACGGGAAAGCCCAUCAGCCAGGGAGGAAUCCACGGGCGUAUCUCGGCCACUGGUCGUGGAGUUUUCCAUGGCAUUGAGAAUUUUAUCAGUGAGGCGUCCUAUAUGAGCAUGCUGGGCCUGACCCCUGGCUUCCAGGACAAGACCUUCAUCAUCCAGGGCUUUGGUAAUGUGGGUCUCCACUCCAUGAGGUACCUGCACAGGUUCGGGGCAAAGUGUGUGGGCAUUGGUGAGAUUGAUGGCUCCAUCUACAACCCAGAGGGUAUCGACCCCAAGCAGCUGGAGGACUACAAACUGCAACAUGGCACCAUUGUGGGCUUCCCAGGAGCUAAACCCUAUGAUGGGAACAUUUUGGAAGCUGACUGUCACAUCCUGAUCCCUGCUGCUGGAGAAAAGCAGCUCACUCGUCACAACGCCCCCAGGAUUAAGGCCAAGAUCAUUGCUGAAGGUGCCAAUGGUCCCACAACCCCAGAUGCUGACAAGAUCUUCUUAGAGAACAACGUCAUGGUUAUUCCUGAUAUGUACUUGAACGCUGGUGGUGUGACCGUUUCAUAUUUUGAGUGGCUGAAGAAUCUCAAUCAUGUGAGCUAUGGAAGACUGGCUUUCAAAUAUGAGAGAGACUCAAACUACCACCUGCUCAUGUCUGUGCAGGAGAGUUUAGAGAGGAAGUUUGGCAAGCAGGGAGGGCCCAUUCCUAUUGUCCCUACAGCUGACUUCCAAGCCAGAAUUGCUGGUGCCUCUGAGAAGGAUAUUGUGCAUUCUGGCCUAGCCUACACCAUGGAGAGGUCUGCCCGGCAAAUCAUGCGCACGGCCAGCAGGUAUAACCUGGGCCUGGACCUGCGGACGGCCGCGUACGUCAACGCCAUCGAGAAGGUCUUUAAAGUCUACAACGAGGCUGGGCUCACCUUCACAUAAACGACCAAGCAUGACUCACCUUUCACUCCCUCCACCGUCAUGCUGCCGAUCCUGCUCUCCUGCCUUCUUUUCAAGUGCAUCGCUGUCUACCGCUGCCCUUCCGUUCCUUCACACGUACAGCGCAGCAGUGGCUAGCCUGGUAUUUAUCCUGUGAUCUUUGUGCUGCACUAGACUAAUUCCCUUCAUUUUUAAAAAGACCCUGUUCUUGCUUUUGCCUCAGGUGAUUUUAGGAGCUAGAUCUUCAGAAAGACAGAACCUGUUCAUGUGUAUAAAUGUUUGUCAUGUUGUUGACUGGCAGCCAAGCUCUCAGUGCUGAAUACAUGUGACCGUCCUGUUGUGAUUGUUGCGGAUGACCACACUACAGAUGCCUUAUUUCAGAAAGAGGUCUGCUCUAAAAGAGAGAUUAUUGAAUUAUAAAUGUUUAGAUUUAACCUCUAAUUAUUAUUCCUGAGUUCUGUUUCAGGUGUAAAGUUUAGUGAAGUUGCCAUGGUUUAGGAUUCCCAGCUACGGUUCUAGUUAUCAUUCUGAUGGAUGCCUCCUGCUCCUCAUCACAUCUCUUUUUCUACGGUGUCCAUUGCUUCAUCUCAAAUGCAGCUUCUCCUUUCUCUUCCACUGGCCAAGGAGGAGAGAGGGUGAGGAGUCACUGUGACCCUGCCCCCCACUUAAAAUCUCCUCUGUUUCAACCGUCCACUUCCAUAACAUUCAUAUUAUUUGAAAAAAAAAAAAGUUUUUUUUGCAAACAAAUAAAAUAAAAAAUAAAUGCUU